UAUAGAAUAAUAUUCUGUGUUUAGAUCGGUUGGAUAGUUCCAAACCUAUUGAUAUGGCAGCUCUUUGUGGAACUGGUGUCUUUUUUGUUAAUCCCGCGGCAAACCAGUUCGGGUUUAACCUUACCAGCGACGGAAUGGAUCUUUUCAAGGCUAAAGUACAUAUCGAGGUCCAGUGGGCCAACGAACAGGCGAUAGCGGCGGUUGAAAGAAACGGCGGUAAAAUCACAACCGCCUACUACGAUCUUCACAGCGUAAUGGCCCUCUCUUCCCCGAUUAAAUUCUUCAAGAGCGGAGUUCCAAUCCCGCGGCGUCUCACCCCACCGGGAAAUCUUCUUCACUUCUAUAUGAAUGCACGGAACCGAGGAUAUUUAGCUCACCCUGAUCAGGUUCAGGAGGAUAAACAGGUUCUUGCGCAGAAAUAUGGAUAUACUUUACCGGAGACACAGGACGAAGAACUAUUCAAAUUUAACAAGGAUCCCAGACAAAUAUUCUACGGAUUGGAGCCUGGUUGGUUAAUCAGUCUCCAGGAUAGAACCAUUUUUAAACCAAACAAAUCUGAUUUAAACAAAGUGUAUUCAACAUAAUCCUUCUCCUAGUCCUAGUUUUAUUGCAGAAAAA